AUGUCGCGCUACGACGACCACCGCUCUUCGACCGGGACACUAGACUCGCGCGAUCGAUAUGAGCGAUAUUCUCGUGGCCCGCGCGUGGCGGAGCGACCCCGCCGUGAGGAUGAGCGCUUCGAGUUCCGUCUGCGUGAAGAAGACCAAUAUGGCCCACCAGCGCGCGCUGCUGGUCGCCGUUAUGAGGACGACCACCUGUCACAUCCAUCCGGACCCCUGGUGGCGCAUGACCGCCGGCGCCGUGACGAAAGUCCCUCGUUCGCGCCGCCCCGGUUAGUAAGGCGUCAAUCGUCCUUAGAUACAUUUGACCGCAUCCCCCGGCGCAAGCUGGAUACAUUCGACCAUCACGAUCGCUCUCGCGAACUCCCUCGAAUGUAUGACCACGGCCCUUCACCCGGUCGGUACCGGGAACGCGAAGUCUACGAAGACAUUCGUAUCGCCGAGCCGGACUUGUAUGGUGACGAGGAAUACCGAGAAUUCCGUUCACGCAGACGCUCCAGCAGUGGUGCUCGCCAUCGGGAAGAAAAGCCAUAUCCGCGCAAGGGGAAGACUCGUAUCCCGCGCAAGUGGGUGCAUGUCCAUGCGAUCUUGGACCUGGGGUACCCGUACCGGGAAGAGGAAGAUACCAUUGUCAUUCAGAAAGCAUUGUCCAAGGAGCAAAUUGACGAAGUCAUCAGUCUGAGCAAAGAAUUCCGACGUCCUGCCCAACGUGUCGAAACUGAGUACAUCCAUGUACCACGGUCUCCCGUCCGAGCCUUUCCACGCGAACGAGUAACCAGAGAACAUCUCGUGGUCGACGACUAUUCACCUCACCGGGAAGCAUAUCUUGUAGAGGCAUCCCCGCGGAGUCCCCGUGAUGUCGAAAUCAUUGAACGGGACCGAUUACGAGUACAGCCUAUCUCUCGUGCGCGUUCAGUAUCUUUGCACACACACGGCCGCCAUUCGUCACCUGUCCGAGUAGUCCAGCCUCGUGGGUACCUCGGGGAGCGGGCCAUAUCCCGGCCGCGCCAUUCCGGAGACCUUAUUGUGAUGCGUCCCCGGAAUAGUGAGCAUGAGAUACAUGACUUGGAAGAUGAACUGAGACUUCUGCGGGCGGAGCGGAUGGGAGGAAUCGAGAUCACGCGACAGCGCGAUACUGAUAUCAUUGAUGACAAGGGCAACGAGGAGGAGGUAACGGAAAUUCGCCGGCAAGAACGCAGUCAACCCAAUUCCCGGAUGAUGCGGGCUAUGAUGGCCACUUUGACCUGA